GGGGAGGAGGGAGCAGAAGGAGGGAGGGAAUAGGUUCUGAGUGGAGAGUGGAAGCAUCGUGGCUGGCCAGGGCGGACUGCUGAAUGAAAGGGCCUGUUGCUCUCCGCCACCGUUCGUUUUUGUCCCGCGAAAGAGCACAUGUCCAGAGCAAACAUAGGAAGGCUCUCCAACAGUCAGGCUCCAGGGGGAAGGGACAGAAUCACCACUACACACAGACCUUUUGGAAUCUUGCGUCUCUCCAUUACUUAGCCCUACAGGUGGCAGGGUAAACUACUAUUGCAAUGAGCAGGGUAAGUGUAAAGGGAGUUGAGCUGCUGUCCCGUUGGCUGUUGGUCCUACUGGUCCUACACGCACCCCGACAUGGGAACACCCAUCCCCAGUGCCUGGAUUACAAGCCCCCCUUCCAGCCACGGGAGCCUCUGGUCUUCUGUAAGGAGUACGCCAAGUUUGGUUGCUGUGACCUGGAGAAAGAUGACAAGAUCUCCCAAAACUUCUACAAGAUCAUGGACUAUUUUGACUACUCGGGUUACAUGACCUGUGCGAAAUACAUACGCACCAUCCUCUGUCAGGAGUGCUCUCCCUACUCUGCCCACCUGUACGAUGCUGAGGAUGCCAACACACCCAUGAGGGAGCUGCCAGGCCUGUGCGGAGACUACUGCUCUGAGUUCUGGCACCAGUGCCGCUACACCAUUAGCCUGCUCACCGACAACAACGCCACAGUGGGCAUAGAGGAGGACCGCAAUAAGUUCUGUAACUUCCUGGAGCUAAAAGACAGGGAGUACUGUUACCCCAACGUGCUCUCCGACGACAGGCUCAACGCCAACCUGGGAGAUGUUCGGGCGGACCCUGAGGGCUGUCUCCAGCUGUGCCUGCAGGAGGUGGCCAACGGCCUGAGGAACCCGGUGGCCAUGGUCCACGCCGACGACGGGACCCACCGCUUCUUUGUGGCCGAGCAGCUGGGCUACGUGUGGACGUACCUGUCCAACGGCUCCCGUAUUGACCGGCCCUUCCUCAACCUGACUAAGGCAGUGCUCACCUCUCCCUGGGCAGGGGAUGAGAGAGGCUUCCUCUGCAUGGCCCUCCACCCGCGCUUCACGCUGGUGCAGAAGGCCUAUGUCUACUACUCUGUGUCUGUGAAGAAGGAGGAGAGGAUCCGCAUUAGUGAGUUCACACUGUCCGCUGACGAUAUGAACCAACUAGAUCACUCCUCAGAGAGAACUAUUUUGGAAGUGGUGGAACCUGCCUCGAACCACAACGGGGGCCAGCUUCUCUUCGGGCACGAUGGCUACCUCUAUAUCUUCAUCGGCGAUGGGGGAAGAGCAGGGGACCCCUUUGGCAAGUUUGGGAACUCCCAGAAUAAGUCCACUCUGUUGGGCAAGGUGCUGCGUCUCGAUGUGGACCACAACGAUGACGUGGAACCCUACAGCAUCCCGUCGGACAAUCCUUUCCUGGGGGAGAAGGGCUCGCUGCCUGAGAUCUACGCCUACGGGGUGCGUAACAUGUGGCGCUGCUCCAUCGACCGAGGCGACCUCAUCACCAGGCAGGGCCGUGGCCGACUAUUCUGCGGGGACGUGGGACAGAACAAGUUUGAAGAGGUGGACCUCAUCGUCAAGGGUGGCAACUAUGGCUGGAGAGCCAAGGAGGGCUUCUCUUGCUAUGACAACAGGCUGUGUCGCAACUCCUCUCUUGAUGACAUCCUGCCUAUUUUUGCUUACCCCCACAAACUGGGGAAGUCUGUCACUGGAGGCUACAUAUACCGCGGCUGCCAGAUGCCUAAUCUCAAUGGCCUCUACAUAUUCGGGGAUUUCAUGAGUGGGCGCCUGAUGUCACUGAAGGAGAACCAAAACACUGGGAAGUGGGAGUACAAGGAGAUCUGUAUGGGAAAAGACCAGACGUGCCGAUUCCCCAAACUUAUCAACAGCUAUUACAAAUACAUCAUAUCCUUUGCUGAAGAUGAGGCAGGGGAGCUGUACUUCCUGGCAACGGGAGCUCCCAGUGCGUCUGCCAGAGCGGGGGUGAUCUAUAAGAUAGUGGAUCCAUCCAGGAGAGCACCUCCAGGCAAGUGCAGCUUCAAGCCAACUCUUGUCAAGAUUAAAGGCAAGCUGAUUCACUUCCAACCAAAGGAGGAGUUUGUCAUUGACAAGAAGCCGACGACCACCGCUGCGCCCACUACUACGGCUAGAACAACAGCUACCACCACACUCCGUACUCCUCCGACCACCAUGCGCUCCACGACGACGAGACCUACCUACACACCUCCAACUGCAACCCCGAAGGCUACUGCUAAACCUGCAACGAUAAGGGCUACUGUUAAACCUGUAACAACACCUUCCAACCCCACCUCAAUGCAGCAGAGGCCUACUGGUACCGCUACAACUGCCCUGACCACCUCAUGGAGGCAGGUAAUGACGGCCAGGCCAGGUCAUGCCACCACUCCUUCCCGGCAGAGACCGUCGUUGUCCUACACCAGGCCCACUGUUACCCCGAAGCCCCGACCACUGUUGACAACUGGGGCCAGAAGGCCCUCUCCACCAACAGCACGACCCUUGACCCGACCACAACCACACGCCACAGUCAGACCCUUUCCACUAGGAGUUACGACCAAUCGGCCCCAGACCACACCAAGGCCUACGUACUGGACAGCUGCAACAAAGCCCACCACCCAGAGACCUAACUCCCCUCUCUCAAAGGCCCAGGACAAGUUCCUGAAAGGCCAGAGUGACAAGAUAGAACAUUCCACAGGGAACCGGGUCAACAAGAAGAACCGGGGUUCCAAACGGCGCCGGAAGCAUCGGGCUGGGUCGGUGCGGCUGAUCAGUGCAGAGCAGCUGUCGGACCGUGGGCGGGUGGAGAUUUACAUACGGGGGGAGUGGGGCACAGUGUGUGAUGACUUGUUUAGUAGUAAAGCGGCUACGGUGGUCUGCCAGCAACUAGGCUUCCCUGUAGCCCUGCGUGUGGCUAAACGGGCAGAGCUGGGGGGUGGCAGUGGCAGUAUCCUGCUAGAUGAUGUGGAGUGUGAGGGCACAGAGAGGACGUUACUGGACUGCAAACGGGCAAAGGUGGGCAAGCACAAUUGUGCACACGAUGAGGAUGUGGGGGUGGUGUGUGGCUACCACCACGACGAGGAUAAAUAAUGAGCCAAAGGAUGUCCUCAAAGGAUCAUUACUACUCUCCUGUGCUUGAACAGAAACGUCCUCUAUGUACUGUACUUCCACUGUGGUCAGACACAUCUCACCCCUCUACUCCCCCACACAUACUCAUGUAAACACACACACGAAUUCAUGAUGAUUAACAACAAUUGUUGAUUGUAGACUAGACGUUCUGAUGCUUCACUUCAGAGGCAGCAACCCUUUCCUUCCCUUCACUUGCCUCCCUGCCAGAAAAAAAUGUAUAUCACUUUACAAUAUUGCCCUCUGCUGGGAAAAAAUGAAUACAUUUUGUUGAAAACCUUGUUAUUUUUGACAUUGUAUGAAUUGAUAAUCACAUCUAUAUAUAUAUGUUUUCUUUAUCUUUUUAAUACAAAAAAAGUGAUAUCAGUCAAAAUAAUAAUAAUGAUGAUAUAAGUGAGGAAAAUGCUGGACAUUGUGUGCUUUAUUAUUGUUUAAUUUGACAGAUUAUAUUUGUAAACUCUUUUCAGGGUACAGGGUGCCUUUGAGGUUAAUAAACUGAGAUUUCAAUUUCAUUCCUGCUCCUCAUUUCUACUCAGUCAAGCAUACUGCAUCACCCAUGGAGAACCAGAUUAAACUACACUGUUAUCCAGAGGACUAA